GUUAUUGUCAGGCCACACGUAGGACACAUAAUAUAUUGCUGAGCUCAGCCAAAGACUGACCCGUCAGUCAUCACGCCAUCAAAAUAAAGGGACCUCGAUUUGCAACGUGUUCAGAAUACAACACGCUCAGCUAGCAGCAGAACGAUUGUGAGAAACUUGAACGUAGAAAAGAAGCCAACCGCCGGGCUAUCUUCGCCAUCUGUAAGCCGCUUUUUCUGACGGAGACUCUUCUCAUUUACUUUGCCGCGGUUAAGAAAUUGUUAUGGAUGGUAUAGAAGGUGCUUACCGUCCAAGGAGUGAAUCAGGUGAAGUGAAAAAUCUGAGUGAUUUUGAAGUUAAGAUCACUCCUGAUACAAUGAAUGGUUCACAUGUCACAAAUGGGAGAGCAAAUAUGGCCGUCGAAAUCAAAGACGAAGGAGCUGAAAACAAGGAUGAAAGUGUUGAUAAAGAUAAAAAGGGAAAGAAAGAGAAGGAAGAAAAACCACCAGUUGUACCAUUACUCAAACUAUUUCGUUUUAGUGAUAAGUUAGAUGUUCUGCUUAUGGUGCUGGGAACCAUAUCAUCAAUUGGCCAUGGUGCAGCUGUUCCUCUACAGUUCAUUAUAUUUGGUGACCUGAUCAACAGCUUCAUUAAUUUUGACAAAUUCAAAUCAGACACCAACACAAAGCCAUUUGAUCUUGAAGGAGAGAUGACGCAAUUUGCCUUGUACUAUGUCUAUUUAGCAAUUGGAAACAUUGUUGUUGCAUAUGGUCAGAUGGCAUUUUGGUCUCUUACUGCCACUCGGCAAGUGAAGAAAAUGCGCUUGGCUUUCUUUCAAUCUGUCCUUAAACAAGACAUAGGUUGGUUUGACACGACAGAUCCAGGAGAACUCAACAGUCGGCUCACUGAGGACCUUGACAAAGUAAAUGAUGGCAUUGGUCAGAAAAUUGGCAUGUUCCUUCAAGCUAUCACAAUAGUUCUUGUUGGCUUCAUCAUGGGAUUUGUAUAUGGGUGGAAACUAACCCUAGUAAUAAUUGCUGUCAGUCCUCUUCUGGUUAUAGCAGGUGGACUUAUGGCAAAGAUGUUGUCUUCGAUUACAACCAAGGAGCUUGAUGCUUAUGCUAAAGCUGGCAGCAUAGCAGAAGAAGUACUAUCAUCAAUUCGAACUGUUGCCGCCUUUGGAGGAGAGAGGAAAGAAAUUGAAAGAUAUUCAUCCCACUUGGGAGAAGCUAGAGACUUUGGCACUAAGAAAGGUCUUAUGUCUGGUUUUGGCUUGGGCUUUUUUCAAGUCAUCAUGUUUGGCAGUUAUGCCUUAGCUUUUUGGUAUGGUGCAAAGUUAAUCAUUGAUGAAGAAAUGAAUGGGGGAGACCUGCUCAUUGUGUUCUUCUCAGUUAUGUUUGGAGCAAUGCAGCUUGGUCAGGCUGGUCCAAACUUUGAAUCCAUAGCAACAGCACAAGGAGCAGCUUAUAAAGUUUUCCUUGUUAUUGACAGGAUUCCUCCAAUUGACUCAAGUUCUACUGAUGGUGAAGUGCUAGAUCACAGUUCUUUCAAGGGAAACAUACAUUUCAAUAACAUUGAAUUUUCCUAUCCAUCGAGACCAGACAUAAAGACUUUAAAUGGUUUAGAUCUUGCUGUUGAAAGUGGACAGACUGUGGCGUUGGUGGGUGAGAGUGGUUGUGGAAAGAGUACAGUUGUUAAGCUUCUACAGAGGUUCUAUGACCCAACUGGCGGUGAGGUAACUGUGGAUGGCUUUAACAUUUGCAAUUUGAACCUGAAGUGGUUGCGUGAACAAAUUGGUAUUGUGAGUCAAGAGCCAAUUCUUUUUGCCACCACAAUAGCAGAGAACAUCAGGUAUGGCAAAGAUGGUGUGACACAAGAUGACGUUGAAAGAGCAACAAAGAUGGCUAAUGCCCAUGACUUCAUUAAAAAACUCCCACAAGGCUAUGAUACUCUUGUUGGGGAACGUGGAACUCAACUCAGUGGAGGACAGAAGCAGCGUAUUGCCAUUGCACGAGCUUUGGUAAAAGAUCCAAGGAUUCUGUUGUUAGAUGAAGCAACAUCAGCACUGGACAGCGAAAGUGAAUCAAUUGUUCAAGCUGCUUUGGAUAAAGCUCGUCAGGGUCGAACAACCAUUGUGAUUGCUCAUCGUCUGUCAACAGUUCAGAAUGCAGAUGUUAUAGCUGCUAUUCAGGAUGGUGUGGUGGUCGAGAAAGGAAGCCAUAAUGAACUCAUGGAGACUGAUGGAGUUUAUCACCAACUUGUCACACUACAGACUUUUGAAAAGGACGAAGACUAUGAAGAAAUUGUUUAUGAUAAUAAUAAAACAGAGGAUAUUGAGGAGAAAGAACAGACAGCAGCAGUGAACUUUAUGCGUAGCAUGUCCCAUAUGUCAAGUGACAGUGAGCAUGAAGACACUGAGCUUGAGAGGAAGCUUUCAAGAAGAGCAUCACAAAGAUUAUCUGCUAAGAGGAGGGGCAGUUCUGCAUUUGAUCGGCCAACUUCUGCCAAGUCUGUGGGUAAGAAUGACAAAGAUGAUAAAGAGAAAAUUGUGGAGGAGGAAGUGGAACCAGCUCCUGUUAUGCGUAUUAUAAAGUUAAACACUACGGAAUGGCCAUAUUUGGUUUUAGGAAGUGUGGCUGGGGCCAUUAAUGGACUGUUCCCUUUUGCCUUUGCAUUGGUUCUGUCUGAAAUUCUGGAGGUGUUUACUUUACAUGAUAAAGGUGAAAUGAAGAAGCAGUCGGAAUUCUGGUCACUCAUGUUUCUUGCUAUUGGUGUUGCAAGUUUUGUUGCAAAUGUUAUACAGAGUUUCAUGUUUGCCAAGUCGGGUGAACUGUUAACUUUACGCCUGAGAAAAAUGGCUUUUGAGGCCAUCCUAAGACAGGAUAUGUCGUACUUUGAUGAUCCACUGCAUAGUACUGGGGCACUGACCACAGCAUUGGGAACACAUGCCUCAGCUGUUAAAGGGGCCGCAGGUUCUCGGCUCGGCACUGUUGCGAUGGCUUUGAGUACGGCUAUUGCCUGCCUAGUGUACGCUUUUGUUAAUGGGUGGAAGUUAACACUCGUUGUUCUAGCGUUCAUCCCAAUACUGGUGGUUGCCAGUACAAUUCAGAUGCGCGUGUUUGUCGGAGGUAAAGUUUCUGAUGAUGGCGAAGAUGAGUUUGCUCAAUCUGGCAAGAUUGCUGUUGAAACAAUAGAAAAUAUUAGAACUGUGGCUUCUUUGGGCAGGGAAACCACUUUCUAUAACGAUUAUAGUCGAGCUUUGGUAGGCCCAUUCAAAAAGGCAAUGAAACGGGCACACUUGCAAGGGGCCUCGUUUGGUUUAUCAGAGGCGUUCAUGUUCUUCGCCAAUGCAGUAGCUUUCAGAUAUGGAGGGUACCUUGUGGUAAAAGGAGAGAUGGACAUGGAUGAAGUUAUGAAGGUGGUACUGUCCAUCUUGAUGGGUGGAUUUAUGCUGGGUCAAGUCAGCGCUUUGUCUCCAGACUAUGAGAAAGCCAAGAUUGCUGCUGCUCGUCUCUUCAAACUAUUUGAUCGCAAAUCUCUCGUGGACAGUUCAUCUCAAGAUGGUUUGACACCGAAUUCUAUGACGGGAACAAUCCAGUUAAGGAGCGUACGUUUCCGUUAUCCAACUCGACAAAAUGUCAAAGUACUGCGCGGAUUAACACUGUCAGUUCAGAAAGGACAGAAACUUGCCCUUGUUGGCUCGAGUGGCUGCGGUAAAAGUACAAUUGUUUCUCUCUUGGAGAGAUUUUACGAUGCUGAGGACGGAGAAGUGGCCAUCGACGGUAACAAUGUCCGAACUCUGAACAUUCAGUGGCUGCGCUCUCAUAUUGGUAUCGUGUCACAGGAGCCCAUAUUGUUUGGCUGCAGUAUCGCUGAUAAUAUCGCGUAUGGUGACAACUCUCGUCAAGUCAGCCAGGAUGAAAUAGAAGCCGCGGCCAAAUCAGCCAAUAUACACAGUUUCAUUAAUUCUCUCCCCAUGGGUUAUAAUACUUUGGUGGGAGACAAAGGAACUCUUAUCUCAGGAGGGCAGAAGCAAAGAAUAGCUAUUGCAAGGGCGUUGAUCCGCAAUCCACAUAUUUUGCUUCUUGACGAAGCUACCUCUGCCCUGGACACAGAGAGUGAGAAGGUUGUCCAGCAAGCUCUGGAUGCCGCUAGUGAGGGUCGCACAGCUAUCAUCAUUGCACAUCGACUGUCCACUGUGCAGAACGCUGACAUCAUAGCAGUGAUUCAUCACGGGCGCGUAGCAGAGCAAGGCACUCAUCAAGAACUGUUAAACCAGAAAGGAGUUUAUUACAGUCUUGUUACGGCGCAAAUGCAGAACACAAAUAAUUAGCUUUGUGAAGUGUGAGCAGUUUGAUUGACCCGAUUUAAGUCAAAUUUGUUUUCAUGUACAUCUCUGUAAUGGAAAGAAAAGUGUUCCUUUCCUUCAGAUGUAGAGCUAAUGUUCUCUUACACACCAUGGGUGCAUCACAGUGUAAUGAAAGAAUUCAUUCGUUACAUUAUUAUUUAGGUAUCAUAAAGUUAUUUUUUCAGGCUGGUUUGGUGACCAGACAUGGAAUUCUUCUAGUAUUACCAAUGCUUAAUUUUUUCAAACGGUUUAAAAAAAAAACCCAUUUUCCCUCAUCUAAUUACAUUUUUUCUUUGUUUUUCUGAUAUGUUCGUAUAUUUUGCUCCAUCCGCGACGUGAGCGUUUGGAAAAUUAUUUUAUAUAGGCUUUUUUGUUUGUUUGUUUUCGACAACAAUCAGGCCUUAGAAGGUUGUAGCCAGGAGUCUUUAUUUAUCAUCAUAAAUAUAUAUUUAUAUGCGUAUAUAGUUUUUUUUUUUAAUUAAGCAUAAAAGUUUCAGUUGACAAGUGGCCAAACAAGUGCGAGGGAACCAUCAAUAUUCGAUGAAUUUGGUAGCGUACUCUCCGGAAUUCUGUGGUGAUGAACGUUCUUGCAACAGAAGUAAAAGUUUAUGUUUGAACAUGUUUCGCGUCUUAGCAUACAGAGACGUUCCUUUUAGAGGUUUUGUAAGAAAUUUCAAUUAGUUUUUGUUAACUUUCUAUGAUGAUGAACGUUCCCUUGUAAAGAGGAACUUCCAUAGUCGUAUCUAUUGAGGAUAAAUACUGUACAACCAUACAAUAGAAAUCAAUAUGUAUUUACUAAUAUGCUAGCGUUAGCAUAUUUAAUACUGAAACUAUACACUGUUGUGUUAUUGUAACCACGUUAACAUAUUUUAUAAUGAAACCUUAACUUUUUUUAACCACAUGUAGAAAGGUAGAGCCUUCCUUUGCAUAGAUUGCUCGUUUGAGAGGAUAGUACAUGGAGACGAGAGAACGUGAAUUUUUAAAUUUGGGUGGUAUAAACGGCAUUCUUCGAAUUAGAGAGUAGAAUAUUGUCUGAAACUCAAGAACGUUGAGUUCACGUGUAUACCACCAUGUUUUCCAUCAUAUCAUUGAUGUGAUAAUAAGGACAUUUUAUGUUUACAUUAAUACCGCUUACAUCAGACUUAAUCAAGCUGAUGAGCCACCCACGGAUACUCAGCUUUUUUAAAAUUAGUGUAAUCUCCGGGAAAAAAACCUAUUUAGUCUUGUGAACGGCAUAUGGAGUUACCCUUUUACAAUGUCCUUUGGGGAAGUGGUCAAUAAACGUGUAUGUAUGUAUGUAUGUAUGUAUGUAUGUAUGAUUUAAAUUUCGACAAUUCCGUCGUAAAGUGGAAUUAAAGUAGUAAUGCAAAUUUA